UUCUUUCUGGUUUUAAGGCAUGGAAGUGUGUUAGUGUAGUUUUGUAGUUAUGUUUUCGGCUAUCAAGAAGCUCGCUAGUAAAGGAGACUCAAGUUCCAGCAACCAUGUGCCUCAAGGACUGCAGGCAAUGCCGCACUCCUUACAAAAGAAAUUCGCCAAAGGAGUUCAGUACAACAUGAAAAUUGUCAUCAAAGGUGACAGAAAUGUUGGGAAAAGUUGUCUCUUCCAAAGACUACAAGGUGGGAAGUUUUCUGAGGAUUACGUGCCUACUGAGGAAAUUCAGGUGACAAGUGUUCAGUGGAGCUACAAGACAACAGACGAUGUGGUCAAAGUCGAGGUUUGGGACGUCGUAGACAAGGGCAAAAAGAAGAAGAAAUCCGCUGCAUUAAAGCUCAACAAUUUGCCAAAUUGCGCUGAUGGCCCAGAUGAAGAAAUAGCUCUUGAUGCGGAAUUCCUGGAUGUGUAUAAGGGAGCCCAUGGUGUCAUCUUUGUGUUUGAUAUCACCAAGUCUUGGACUUGGGAUUAUGUCAAGAGGGAAUUGCUGAAUGUUCCUUCGCAUUUGCCUGUGUUGUUGCUGGGGAACCACAGGGACAUGGGGCACCACAGGACGGUCACCUUGGAUCAGAUGCAGUUUUAUGCUGAUCAUGAGGUGGACAGAGGUGAAAAAGGAGUGAAUGUGAGAUGCGCAGAAGCUUCCAUGAGAAAUGGUUUUGGUCUGAAGUUUGUCCACAAAUUCUUCAACCUUCCAUUUCUGACUCUCCAAAAAGAAACUCUGCUGAAGCAACUAGAGUUGAAUGCCAGGGACAUUGAUUCCACUCUCCAAGAGUUGGACCUUGUCAGGGAAAGUGAUGAGUUCAACUAUGACAUGUUCCUUGAUAAAGUGACAGCAGUCAGGAGGAAGAUUGCUGAAGCACAGGCUCCACCAGUGUCUCCAUGUGUUCCAGAUGCAGUUGCUGUGAGUCAGGAUCACCUUCCAGGUGCCAAAGUUCCCAAUCCAAAGCCUCCUCUGCCUAAAGGACCAAUUGGUGGAGGAACUCUCAUUCCAGACAGAAGUCUUCUAGGUGGUGCUCUCCAAGAGCAAAAGAGGAAGCAACAAGCAGCUCUUGCGGAUUCCAAACCGUCUGAACCAGUGGUGACUGAAGUCAAGAAACCAGUUGAUGUCGCAGAUGGAAGCAAAGGAUUAUUUUCCGGUUUUUUCGCCAAUCGAGAAAAGAAGGCUUCAGAUGCGGGGAAAGUGGUAGGUGUUGAAGUAGUCAUUCAGGCCACUGGAGAAGCGAUUUCCGUGGCUGAUUUCAAACCCGACAGCGGGGGUAUUGAAGGGUUCUUGGACGACGACGAUGACGGGUUUGCUCUUGAAGGCGACAAAAUACAAGAUUCCAGUGACGAAGAUGAGAAAGACCAGCGCCCGAUUGUAGCGGAUCUCCAAGACGAUUUGGCAUCGGAAGAUGAAGCUAUUCUCGCGAAUCCUCAAGCCAUAGUUGAGAACGUAUCCCGAGAACCCGUACCCGAACCCGCGGAAUCUCCUUCGAAACCCGAAGAAACCUCUGUACCUGAAGCCCCUCCCAUCGUCUUCACUCUCAACGUGGAUGAUUUGCAAGCUUUAGAAGCCCCUCUGGAGAACUUGGAUGCGGAAAAAAAGAAGUCUGGUAAAGAGAAGAAGAGUAAAGGAACUAAAAAGAAGAAAAAGAAGAGUAAAGUGAAGGAAGAGAGUGAUUCAGAAGUGGCAACAACUGGUGAUAGUGCGUCGACGAGGGACAUGUAUGAAGAGCUGGAGGAUUUUCUCAAUGAUUGAAAAUUACUAAGAGAAGAAAAAAGGGAAAUAUGUGAUAGAGUGAUGAUUUAAUUGUAUGAAUCGAAGUUUACUCAUGUGCUAACGGUGGCUGCGUGCUCACUUAUACUCUGUUCCUUUUUUUUUUCUGAAAGAAAUCGAGUUCAGAGUCUUCAUGUGAAUAAGGCAAAGAAUACAGUACUUACGAGGGGGUGAUGCGGUGAUUUUGUUGACAAAUGAAAAUGAAGGAUUCAACAGUUGUUGCCUGA